ACGCAAAAGAGUUCCACAAUUGGCAAUCGGCAAUGUGUGUGUGUUGACCGCUUGUUGGCCUGCCUGUGUUACUGUGUCAAAUACUGUGUUUAUAAUACUAUAGUGGUCGUGUUACAGACUGGAAGGGUAGAAAACAAACUGCAAGCAGUUAAAAGGGACUUUUAUUUACUCUGGAUACAGGCUCUGGUCGUCAGAAAGUUUCACAAUGCAAGCAGCAAGAAAACUUGGAACUUGUACAUUGUUUGCUGCCUCAAAUUAUUGCCGGAGGUUAGUAGAAAGGAGCACCCUUCUCAAUUCAAGAUGCUGUUUGGUUCAGAUGAUGUCUUCAAGUUACACCACAGCAGCAGAUGUCAUCCCUCCUCCUCCUUCUGACAUCGUCUCUAAGCAGUACUCGCCAAAAAUAGAACAGCUAGUUACAGAUAUCAGUCAGCUCACUUUACUGGAAGUUGCUGAUUUGAAUGAACUGUUGAAGAAAACAUUAAACAUUCAGGAUGCCCCUAUGAUGGCAAUGGGUGCAAUGCCUGCAGUUGCAGCAAAGGAGGAAGAUGAAGAGGAAGCCGCCCCAAAACGUGAAAAGAUGAGUUUCACUGUGAAGCUUACUAAAUUUGAUGCUGGCAAAAAAGUGGCACUCAUCAAAGAAAUCAAAAGUGUGGUUGAAGGCCUCAAUUUAGUGCAGGCCAAAAAGUUUGUGGAAUCAGUUCCCCAAGUUGUCAGGGCUGACAUUCCCAAGGAGGAAGCAGAGAAGUUGAAAGAGGCCCUCACAGCAGUUGGAGCUGAAGUAGAAAUUGAAUAAACUUUACUUGUGAUAUGUUUUUAAAAGUUAUUUUAGUCAUUUGUCUGUUUUUUUGUUUAUGUUCAUCAUUACGAAUUAUAUGCAUUUCAUAGACUACCAGAAUGAAUGAGCCCAACAAUAAAAAGGCUUUCCAUUUCCCACA